AUGUUUCUCCAUUCGGGCGCCAGCCUUCAUGGCCACGAGUAUUCCAACAAGCCGGCCAACAAUGGCCCUCAACCUGCACGUAGACGGAGCCUCCUUCGAUCCUCGCUAGGCGCCUCACCACUCCCGCGGACUUCAUUUUCUGUAGACGAUGCCGAAACCACGACCCAGCGUAUCAACCGUCGUCUAUCAUACCAAGGGCCUGCAUCCCCUUCCCGUCCAAGUUUCCGUAGGAACCGGCCUGUUUCUGAUCUCUCACCGCGAAAAGACCUUGUCGUGCGCUUCGAGGAAGAGCCGACCGUGGUGCGGGAAGAGACAAACGUGCUCGACGGCGUCAGCGAGGACGAGUGCAGCCUGGUGUCGGGAGUAAGCGAUACGAGCACUGUCGUCGGGUCCAAGAGAUCAAGAAGAGCCGCGAGGCAAACCACAAAUUACCUUUUGGCGUACCCGCCGCCCAAGCUUCGGACAAAGCAGCGCCGAUUCGUUCAGAUUCGUCCGCGCCUCCUGCUUCAGCUGCAGCAACUAUCCAACGACAAGCGGCCAAUGCCAGCCAUCGACGUCCUCCCUUCAAGCAUGAUUGCCGGCACCGUCAUCCUGCCUCGCCUGGCGCGACGAUUCCCCAAGAUGUUCAGGGUCAAGGGACAAUUGGGCAUGAAUGGCCUCAUUCUGACCAGGAGUGAGGAUUACGACACCCCCGCCGACGACUCGGACAGCGACGAGAAGGACCUGGACACGAGGGAUUUGGUGGCUGUCAUCUCGCCAGUAGAGCGCAGAGAAGGCGAAAGGAGAGACUCGUCGGACCAGACAGAAAUCGUGCUGGCGGAUGGAUCUGUGUGGACGGCCACUCAAACGAGCAACGGAUCGUACGACUUCGUACACGUCGACGAGGCGGGUCGGACGACGACAGCGCGAUGGGCUAGACGCAAUGCUAGACCGCUAUCAACGGCUACCUGCGCAGCCGUCUCGAAACCUGCGCCGGCCUCGGAAUACAAGUUCACGUUCAGCAUCCUCGACCCCGAGCUUCGGCGGCAUCCCGUCAUGGCGACUCUGACCCCAGCCAACCUCGAGAUCCUCGACAACUACACGACUGUAUCGCAAUCAUCCGCUCGCUAUCCUCCUACGAGACCAUUGAGCACAGACCUCUGUGGCGAUGACGAACCUUCGUCCCCUCCAUCUCCAGCUCUCUCAAUGACGAAGCGCGAAACGCACCCGGUCGACGAAGCCACCAGAACCCUGAUCACAGCUAGCUCGGUUUGGGUCUCUCUCCGCCACGGCCAAGGCUGGGCCUCGGUACCACCGCCGGCGGCUUCGGCCAACCAACGCCCAAUGCACUCACGCUCUGUCAGCAGCAACAGCCUGUGCCGGACUCGGGCCUCAACCUUUCCUGUGACGUCAACGGAGAUGGGGUACAUCACGUCUCCGCCUCUGGCGCAACAGCAGGUCAUGGCCCAGCUGGCGCCAGUCAUGCCUAAGAGGACAUACUCGUCAGGCGCGGCCUUCAUGCAGCGGCGCCAGAGCAAACUCGGAAGCGAGUCGGUCACGGCUGACCAGGCCAUGGAGACAUGUGACAUGGGAGGGCUCGAGAAAGUAAUGGAGCCCGUGCCGAUGAAGAGAAGUCUCACAAGGAGAAUCCGCGAUUGGGGCCAUCGGCUCACGGUGCGGAAGACGGCAACCGCAUAA